AUGGGACCAGUUUCUGUUCUUCCCAAACCUCAGAGCUUAAGCACUUGGGACGGAGAUUUGGCCAAGAUGACGCAUUUGCAGGCUGGGCUCAGUCAAGACACGAUAGAGAAAGCCCGCCUGGAACUGAAUGAAAACCCGGACAUUUUACAUCAGGACAUUCAACAAGUCAGAGACAUGAUCAUCACCAGGCCGGACAUUGGGUUUUUACGUACAGAUGAUGCCUUCAUCCUGCGUUUUCUCCGAGCCAGGAAGUUUCACCAAGCCGAUGCCUUCAGACUCCUGGCCCAGUACUUUCAGUACCGCCAGCUAAACCUGGACAUGUUCAAAAAUUUCAAGGCGGAUGAUCCCGGCAUUAAGAGGGCGUUGAUUGAUGGGUUCCCCGGAGUGCUGGAAAACCGUGACCACUACGGCAGGAAGAUUCUCCUGCUGUUUGCUGCCAAUUGGGAUCAGAGUAGGAACUCCUUCACAGAUAUCCUUCGCGCCAUCCUGCUGUCUUUGGAAGUCCUUAUUGAAGAUCCUGAACUUCAGAUCAACGGUUUCAUUUUAAUUAUAGACUGGAGUAAUUUUUCCUUCAAACAAGCCUCCAAAUUGACGCCUUCUAUCCUUAAACUGGCCAUUGAAGGGUUGCAGGACAGCUUUCCUGCCCGCUUCGGAGGAGUCCAUUUUGUCAACCAGCCCUGGUACAUCCAUGCCCUGUACACGCUCAUCAAGCCAUUCCUUAAGGACAAGACGAGAAAGCGGAUUUUCCUACAUGGAAACAAUUUAAACAGCCUUCACCAGCUAAUACACCCCGAAUUUCUGCCCUCUGAAUUUGGAGGGACCCUUCCUCCUUAUGACAUGGGGACUUGGGCCCGGACAUUGCUUGGCCCUGACUAUAGUGAUGAAAAUGACUACACCCACACGUCCUACAACGCCAUGCAUGUGAAACACGCAUGCUCCAACCUGGAGAGGGAGUGCCCACCCAAGCCCAUGACAAGAUCUCAGUCUGUGGUAGAAGCUGGGACCCUGAAACAUGACGAGAAGGGAGAAAACGAGAACACUCAGCCCCUGCUGGCUCUGGACUGA